AUGACCCAACAAUUUAAAGUACUCUACUUUGCAUCAGCAAAGGACGCCUCCAAGACUGACGGCGACAAGUUUGAAUGGUCCGACAACAUUAACGCCGAGGCUCUCACGAAACUCUUGCUAGAACGGCAUCCAGACCUGGCGCCUAUCCUCAAGAUCUCAAUGUUUGCUAUUAAUAUGGAGUACAUGGAUCAGGAUCACUCCUGGACUGUUCAGCCGGGAGACGAGGUUGCCAUUAUUCCCCCUGUUAGCGGAGGUUAA